ACCUCCUUCGUCUCCGGCAGUGAUUCUAUCCCGUUUCGUUUUCUUCUUCUAGAAUUAGGGUUAGGGUUAGAGUUUGUUGCAAUCUUUUGAAGUUCUUCGUCGCUUUCUCGUGGAUUUUAUAUGAAUUGGUGGAAAUUGUUGUGUUUUCCUCAAAUUUCACGAAUGGUUGGUCGAAUUGGGCCUUUAAUUGAUGGAAUUUGCUGACGAUUUGAGUGUUGGUCGAGGUCGAGGUUUGAUUUGUUUUUCUAGGUCUUGUGAAACUGAGAAAAGUAUGAAAAGAUUGAAUCUUGUAGAGCUUGGCGAUGUUACUUAGACGGUGGCAAAGGGAGAUUAGGUUUGAGUGCUAAUCAUUGGAACCAUGAGAAGUUUUGUUGCUUUUGAUUCAGUAUUUGUGUAGGUUUUCUGCCUUUCUGAAUGAUGUUUUGUUGAUGAGAUCAUUGGUAUUUGGCUUGAUUCUGUUGUUUUCGAGUGCUGAUUGUUGGGACCUCAGAAAGUUUGUUACUUUUGGUUGUUGUAGUUAUGGAGCUCUCUCUCUCUCUCUCUCUCUCUUUUGUGGUUGAAGGGUUUAAUUUGAUCCUGGAUAGGUAAUUGUCGGGAAAUUUUUAAUCUUUUGUUGUUUUAGGUUUUUCUUGCUCUUUGAAUGAUUUGGUUUGUUUAUGAGUGGCCAAUUGAACUCUAGCUUGAUAUUUUUGCUUGUGGAUGGACUGUGAAUGAUACCUUCAUUAGAAAUUUAUUUUUGUGAUGUUGUUUUAGUUGAGUUGGGUGCUUAUUUAGUAGAUGUUUGUAGUUGCAUGCGAGAGGAUAUAUCCAGGACUCAGAAUCAUUAAUUUUGUUACCUUAUUCAUGGUUGUCUUUAAUAUUGAUAUUGCUCUUGAGUAAGCAUUCUUUAUUGAUUUGUUUAGUGAUUACCUUUUUUUUUGUACUAUAUCAUUGUUUUGUGGUAGUUUUAGGGUAUGUUUAUGGUUGCAUGUGAGUAGAUGUAUCCGGGACUGGAAUUAUCAAGUUUUUAACCUUGUUGAUGGUUUUCGUUAAGAUUGCUCUCAUUUAAACUAUUGGUAUUGAUAGGCUAAGUGAUAAGUUUUGGAUGAGCAAAUUGCCAUUUGAGUUUUUGUUGUUUAUGAAGUGUUGAAAUCUGAAGAUCUAAAAGGAUAUUCAACGGUAGAAUACCGUCAUUCUGCUGAAUUUGGUUGUCCAAACAAUAUUAUCCAUUAGUAUACAAUGAAGCGUAAGCGAGGAUCUAAGGCAGGUCAUAAGAAAGGGAAAAAGAAAACCAAAGCUGCAGUGGACGCACUUGCCUCAGCUCCAGUUUCUGUAAAUACUGAAGAAGUUGUCUGCUCAGAUGAAGCCAAUGGCAGUCCACAUAAUAGUGAAAUGGAUAUUGAUCAGGCAUCCCUUGGAUCUGAAAAACCAGGGCAUAUGUCCAAUAUAAAUGGUGAUCCACCUGCCAACACAGCAACCGGCAAAUUAAGUCAUGGGCGUGUGAAGUUGAAGCUCAAGUCCUCAAAAGCAUUAGAACCUCAUCAGAGUUACUCUGAUGCACAAACACCAAGUGAUACUGAUAAGAGCAAUGCACAAGUAGGUUUGGAUAAGCUAGAUGCAAGCAUACAUAAAGAUGAGGAUAAUCUACAUUCUGAUGGGCAGACGUCUGAAAUGCAGAAAACCGCUGUGGUUAAGUACACAAAGAAAAAGGGAAGUAUCAAGAUCAAAUCUUCUCAGGCUCUAGGCAUAUCAAGUGGAACUGUGCAUGAGAAACAAGUCAAUAAGAUAAGUAUUCCGAAGAUUCCAGGAGAGCAGGUUUUGGUCCAUGCAGAUGACGGAAAGUCCAGAGAUGCAUCACUGCCCAGAAAUUUGCGUCAAAGGGGUACAAAGGAGCUAUAUAUGGAUUCCCGUUAUAAUGAGAAAGAGUUGACUGCUUCUUUGAUGGUGAUUAAGAAAGUCAUGAAAAUGGAAGCAGCUGUACCCUUCAAUGCUCCAGUGGAUCCUGUGGCUCUUGGAAUUCCUGAUUAUUUUGAUAUUAUAGACACUCCUAUGGAUUUUGGCACGAUAUCGCAGAAUCUAGAAAAUAGUCGCAAGUAUAGGAAUUCAGAAGAUGUAUACAAAGAUGUGCAGUAUAUUUGGGAUAAUUGUUGCAAGUACAACAAUAAGGGUGAUUACAUUGUGGACCUUAUGAAACGGGUGAAGAAGAACUUUAUGAAGUAUUGGACAGACGCUGGGUUGUACACUGACAUACCAAGCAGCAGUCCUGCUGAAACCAACCCUAGUGAAAGUGCAGGACGACCUGGACAGGCUAAGUUACACACAAAGGGCAAGCAUAAACGCCGCCGUCUCGGAACUGAUCACCACAAAAGUGACUGCCUUUGUGCUGUAUGUGUUGUCAGGCGCCGCAGGAAAGAACGGCAAGAGGACUUAGCUGUGGUGGAUAAUCAAACAGCAACAAGUGAUGUUAGUCUUUCCCGAGACUAUAAAGCAGAGGAAAAGUCUCCAAUAGAUAACCUUUAUAGUGAGAAUGCAUCAUCAAGUGUGGAUCACUCCAUGGAAACUGAAGCAAAUGUGGAUACUGAAGAAGCAGAGAAUGAGAAGAUCAACUACUUAGAGCGGCCAGAACCGCAGCAGCAAGGUGCAGUUGACAAUGAGCUGGAACUGCAACAAAAUGCGAGUGGUAGCAGUGAGAUGUCGGAGCAGACGCCACUUGAAAAUGUUAUUCAGGACUCCGACCGACAAUCUCAAGAGCCUGAACCUGAGUUUAGGCAACUGGAUGACCUGAAAGAUGGAGUUCUUCAUCAACAAGAAGCCGGGAGACUGCAACCAGAAUCAGCUGGGAGAAAUUAUCAAAUCAAAUUGAGAGAGGAGGAUUUGGAGGAGAAUCAUUCAGCUCUGCAGUUAUGCAGAAACCUUUUCUCAACUGACCAUAAAUCUGUCUGGAACAGCCCCCGUUCCUUGUUUCAUCACCGUGCGCCUGUGCAAGACAGCCUCAUUCAUGCCGCAAUCUCGACAUUUCUUAAACACUAAAAGAGCAUAGCUCAUGCUCCGUCCAUGCUUUGUCGUCGGAAAUCUCUUGCUGUCGAAAAUCUCAUGCGGUUCUUUUAUAAGUUGUAAUUGAACUAUUUAAUGAUCUCUUCCUGUAAAAAUUGCAAUGCUUUUAACCUUGAAUCUGUGAAUGACUCUAUAUAUACAUUC